AUGAUUUGGACUCAUUACUUUCAGGCAGUGGCUCUAAGCGGCGUCUUUGUAGCCAAAACCAUGGCAGAAACUUUCGAUUACAUCGUCGUGGGCGGUGGCACCGCGGGUCUCACCGUCGCCAAUCGACUCACCGAGGACCCCAGCGUGACGGUCCUGGUUCUCGAGGCUGGCGGCGAUCAUUCAGACGACCUGAAUGUUCUUGCGCCGGGUCUCUUCCCUGUCAUGUACGGUGAUCCCGAGUACGACUGGGACUACAAGACCGUCCCUCAGUCUGCUGCCAACAAUACGGUUGUGGCUCACGUCCGAGGUAAACAGCUGGGAGGCUCCAGCGCCAUGAACUUCAUGGUCUGGACGCAUCCGUCUCGCCAGGACAUCGACAAUUGGGGCGAGCUGGGCAACAAAGACUGGUCGUGGGAUGCGCUCACGCCAUACUUCCGCAAGUCCGAGUCUUUCGUGGCUCCAUCGAAACAGCAGACCGCCGACCUCCGCCUUGAAUACGUUGACCCAGGCGCUCACGGCAAAACUGGACCCAUUGGCACCGAGUUCCCAGCGCUGUAUAGCUCUCUUACCCAGGCCUGGCCUCGAACCCUCGAGAAUCUUGGACUGGGUGUCGAGGGUGACCCCCGAGAUGGACUUGCUUUGGGUGGCUACAUCCAUACCCUCAACAUCGCCGGAGCUACGAGGCGCUACGCUGCGAACGCGUAUCUGGGUCCAAUCCGUCAGCGCCCGAAUCUCAAGGUCGUUACCAGAGCAUUCGUAAGAAAGGUGCUGCUGAGGAGGAACCGACAUGGGGUCUCGGCAACUGGUGUGCGAUGGACCAAAGAUAAUGCAACGCACGAAGCAAUCGCCGCGAGAGAGGUCAUUCUCUCUGCGGGGUCCAUCGCCUCGCCCCAGUUGCUCGAGUUAUCUGGCAUAGGCAACAAAGUCCUGCUGCGGAAACACGGCAUAGAGAGUCUCGUCGACAACCCCAACGUGGGCGAAAACCUCCAAGACCACGUUUACGUACCUCUCGGAUUCGCAACCCAGCCUGGCAUCGAGACCGUCGAGGACUUCAACAAUGCAUCAUACUUCCAAGAACAGCUCGACCUAUACCUCCAAAACAAAACAGGCCGACUCUCAUCGACCAGCGCUAGUGCAUCUCUGCUAUCGCUCAAGCAGGUCGUCUCUACCUUGGACCUCAACGCCCCGGCUUUGAAGACUCAUGGUUCGGGCCUUCCCGAACAGUACCGCAUCAUCCUACGCGACCUAAAGUCAGAGGCCGUUUGUCAGCAACUCGCCUUCGAAGGUGGCAUGUCGCCGCAAUUUCAAGCCGACACAACCAAGCUCUUCUCCGCGGGCUCGCCCGGGAACUUCCUCACUCUCCUCGGCGUCCUUGAGCAUCCCUUGUCGAGGGGAAGUAUUCACAUCCAGUCUGCCGACCCGACCGUGCAUCCGAAGAUCGACCCCCGCUAUCUGACGAAUCCGAUCGACGUCCAACUUCUGAAGGCCAUCGCCCUUCAACUGCAGGUUGUUGCACGAACCAAGCCGCUUAGCGAUCUGCUUCAGAAGGAUGGAACCGCUUUUCAACCUGGGUAUUACGAACUCACUCCGGAGAAUGUCGAGGAGUGGGUGCGAGGUGGGCUACAGAGCGAGUAUCACCCGUGCGGUACUUGUGCGAUGAUGCCGAAGGACAAGGAAGGAGUUGUCGAUGAGAAGUUCAGAGUCUACGGUGUGAGGAACUUGCGGGUUGUUGACGCCAGUGUCUUUCCAUUGAUCCCGAGAGCCAAUAUUCAGUCUCUUGUUUAUGCAGUGGCGGAGAGAGCAGCAGAUAUUAUUAAGGGAGGUAGUAAGUAG